UUGAGUUCAUUUACGCGUAAUAUAAUGUCAUCGCGUCAACAAAAGUAUAAACAGAUGCCUAUUGGUUUUGGUAACAUACAAAAGGGUCGUGCUGUUCGUAACAGGGAACAAAAUGAAUUGCGGAAAUAUCGCAGGGCGGAGAUUGCAAUGGAUAAUAGAAAUGGAUUGGAUACACGUGCUUCUGUAUCGCAGAAUACAGAAACAGAGGUGCCUGGUAAUGUACGAAAUCGUACAUCUAAACUUCUAACGUGGAGAACUGAACGCGAUAAACGUAAAAUUAUGGAGGAAGCAAAAAAGGUACGUCCAUUUGUAGUUGGUUCUGUGCAUCAUAAAAUGUAUUCUCCGGUGACCACGGAUGAAGAUGUAUCGAUUGUAAAGGUACAGAAACAAACUGUACCAUUGGUACCUAACCCUCCUUCGAAAAGAAUUACUAAAGCCACAGAAAAGAGGUUGUUGUAUAAAGCACAAGCAAAGAAUGUAACUCCUUCAACAGGUUUAAAUACUAACGGCACUAAGGAACAAAAAGUUCAAAAGGGUAAGGAGCAGAUAACUGUAAAGAAACAGGAGCAGAAAACUGUAAAGAAACAGGAGUUGAAAACUGUAAAGAAACAGGAGCAGAAAACCAUAAAGAAACAGGAGUUGAAAACCAUAAAGAAACAGGAGCAGAAAAAUGUAAAGAAACAGGACCAUUUCCAUGCUUCGUCUAAUUAUAAUUUGAAGCAUUCAAUAGGACCCCACCAGAGGUUAGCGUUUGGUAGAACAGCCAUACCAUUGCCUAUUCCGACGAAGAAAGACACUGCCCCAUCUUUGAAAACAACAAGGGCAAGUAGAACUGGCACUACCAAAUUUAUUGUAGGUGACAAUCAUGAUCAAAAACACAAUGCGUUAGCAAUGGUCGAUGUGGAAAAAGAUACGCAUGAAUCGGAUGAAAGUUCUAUCGAAACCAUAAAAUUAAAUAUUUCAUCGGAUGAAAAUGAAACAUUUAAUAUAUCGAAUGAUAACGACAACAAGAAUAAUAUUAUCGCAAAUGAUGAUGAAAAUAGUAACAAGGAAGAAGAAGAACAUGAUAAAUCAUGUAAUAACAGUGUUAAAGAAUCUCAAAUAAUACUUAAUAAUAGUGCUAAAGUAACACAGUCUUCCUCGAAUAAUAAUACACCUACAUCAGCCGACGCCAAUUCCCCUAACGAACCAGUGUUCUUUUCACCAUAUGUAGUUACCAGUCGUGGGAAAAGUAAUGCUAGGAAAGAGCAACAGUUGAAACGUGGUUUCAGCCUUAACUCUUCAAGAAACGACAACAUUCCCACAAAAGAUACCGUUAUGAAAAAUUUAAAUAUUUCGAUCGAGGAGGAAGAACGCACUGCGCAGUAUUUUCAAUUUCUUUUAAACAAGGAAAUAGAUAGAUUAAGAGAAUUAUGCGAGAAAUGGGAAAGGGUGAAAACGGAGGCCACAGAAAUCACAGAAGAUGCACAAUACCAAAUUAUUCAGGCUAUUGGACAAACGAAUUUGCUAAUAACUAAGAAGUUUGAAAGAUUUCGCGGUUUAGUUUCCGAUUGCGAGACGGGAAAGGGAGAAAUGUUAGUCACGUGUAAAGAUUUACAAGGAUUCUGGGACAUGAUGUACAUGGAAGUAAAGAAUUGUGAUUUGAGGUUUGAAAAGUUAGAACAACUCUGUUCGCGAAACUGGGAAGAAGAGGAACCGUCUGCCAUUAUCAAGCCGCUUGUUAAAAAGAAAAAGAUUGCGAAUAAAAGAGUCGUGCCUACAAAGUCAAGUUCAAUCAGGGCGUUUUUGGCAAGAAAUAGAAGGAAACAAGAAACAAGCGUUGAAAACAGUAUAAAAGCGGCUAAAAUUAUAAGUAACAAAGAAUCAAUCAAUAAACACAGACUGAGUGGAAGCAGCCCUAAUGUAAAAUUUAAAACAAGAAGAUAUAAAUCAAUGGAUUUCAAUAGCCACAAACGUGCAUCUCUUAAACGCAAUGGAUCAAGAUUUACUCUGUUACGAGAAGUACAAUUAUCCGAAUCCAGAAAACCUCCAUCUUCUCUAAAUCUAACGAAAGUAUCCUGUUUUAACGAUACUAUAACACCCGGGAAAAGUAUACUAAAGCAACCAAAGAAUUCAGUUAAAAUGGAGUCCAAUGCGAAAACAACUCAUAAAGUGAACUUCAAUGAUACAGUAGAAUUAAAUGAAGUUCAAGUCGAUGAAGAAACGCAAAGAAAGAUGGAUUUAGCUACAGCAUUUGCUAGAAUAGACAGUCUUGACUUUGAUUGCCCCGAAGAAAAUGAAGCAAUUCAUGCAGAAAGGAAAUUAGAUUUUACUAACAGCAGUUUCCUUGAAAUGCAAGAUCCUGAAAAGGAAAACGCAUUAGUUCCAACUAUACAAAUACAAUCCGCGACACCGUUGCAGGAGUCUGUAUCAAAUAAUAAUUUAAACGCGUCGUCACGAAGGGUAGACUUCAGGAGACAGCAUGCUAUCGAUGAAAAUGACGAAAUAUUUUAUGAAACUGAUAAAGUAUUCGAUGAAGCUGACAAAACAUCUGAAGAAACCGACAAAACAUCUCAUGAAACUGCAUUGCUGAACACUACAAUUUCCAUGCCAUUUGUAGGAAUGACUGACGUUGCAGAUUUAAAUGUAUUGAAAGAAAAAUCGGGGAACGACGAGCCUGUGAAUGAUAAAGAAGAAGUAGAUAAUGCCAAUGAAAGUGUAAAAGUUUUGAGAACUAGAACUGUUAUUACAGGAAAUACACCUCAGCCUAAGAGAAGAUAUUCGCAGAAAUUAUCUCUAAGUGUAAACGAAUCAGAGCAUAAGGAAAAUAAAACUCCUUUGGGAACGAGAAGAAGUUCCAUGAGAAUCACUGCCAGAAAUAAUGAGAAGAUUAAUUCGAAGAUAGAUUUGCAGGUUGCUACGGAUAAUUUGAACUUGAGUGAAAAAGUUGGCAAGAGGAGGUCCAAGAGGAACGUCAAAUUUUCAGACUCCAAUGAUACUACAGAAAAUGAACCAGUAUUUCCUAUGACUCCACACGUUCGACGAAGUAAAGUACAGUCUACUGAAACAGGACGAAAAAGUGCACAUACAGAAGAUGAUGCAUCAGUACAAACUCCAAAGGAAGUUCCUGCACGGGUUAGACGAUCACGGAAUAGAAAGGCAUCGUCCGUGGAUGAAUAGUAAUUUAAUCGUACAACAAUUUUUCCAAAAGUUUGUUACAAUUAUAUAGCGAUGUUUAAUUUUCUUAAUUUAAAUUUU